AUGAGCGAUCUGGCCAAGGAAGCUGCAGCCUAUGCCGAGACCAGGCAGCUGGACGCGCAGUGCAUGGCCAACACUCUGUGGACCUUCGCCUCGCUGUCCUGGCGCGAUGUGCCGCUGCUGGUGGCCUUCAGCCGGGCGCGAGAGACGGUACUGGGAGGUGGAGAGCAGGAGCUGGGCAGCUUCCUCUGGGCCAUGGGCAAGCUGUGCUAUGAGGACCCGCAACUCAUGGCGGACGUCGCGGCCGUUUCCAUGGCCCGCCUCAAGGAGUUCUCCUCCCGAGGCCUGGUCAGCAUCGCGUGGUACCUUGGGACCCUCAGUCGCUCGGUGUCAGCCGGAGGUACCUGCAAGAAGCCGCUGCUCCAUGCCAUUGCCGCAUCCCUGUCUCCGGAAGACAUGGCGUGUCAGGAUGUGGCGAACGUGGCCUGGACCUUUGCUCGGCUGAUAGUGGAUGAUUCUGCCUGCAAGGUGGUGCUGACAGAUGCGUUUCUACAUGCUCCAAGUGGUCAGUUCAAACUGCAGGAGUUGUCUAACUUGGCUUGA